AUGCAGCGGGGCUUGGCUUCGCAGGCUUGUUUGCUGCUGCGGCUGUGGCUGGCUCAGGCUUUUGAAGACUCAGAGGGGGGCCGCCUCGUUAUGCUGCAUGUGGGACAGCUAGGCAAGAACGAGACGGACUCAAACGCCAACAACAACCCCACCUGCUUUUACGACCCGGCGCGAGAGUCGGUGCAACUGCGGUUCGUCGGCCAAGUUUCUAGUUUGCUGCUGGUGUGGCCAGCAAAGAAUGAAGGCGAGGCGCUGCUGCGGUACCCCACCUUUGCAUGCGCCAGCAGCAAAGGCUGGGGCAAGACCACCCGCGGAGUGGGAGCUUCCUGGUCUUUUUCCGAUAACUAUCUGUUCGUAAAGUUCCAGUUGGAACUGGGCCGCCUGGAGAACGAAGGGGAGGGGGCUGUGGAGACGAAGGUAUUUUCUUUCCAGGCCUAUCUCGAGGCUUCUUCGCGGCCUGCAGUGGACGCGUUUGCCCCUGCGGAGGCAGAGGGCAAAACGCCCGUUUCAUCCGAAUUAUUUGCAGGAGAUGUGAAUCUCCUUCGGUUUGAACUUCAAACCGGGCCUUCAGUGGCUGUAGUCAAGGCACAGCGGUUCGCCGUCACCACUGCUGUGCCCCCCGAGGUGAAGCCGGCGCCAUUCUCCAACGAGAUGAUCUGCGACGAAGCCCCAUUUCGAGGCGCCGUGGCCUCCCUGGGAAGCCGGAUUAAGGCGCUGCGGUGGUUCCGCACGGCCUCUGAGAAACAUGAAUAA